AUGGCCAAAUGUGAACCCUGUGAAAGAAAUUACGACAACAUGGUAAAAAUGCUUGAGGAUCUGAACAGGGAUUUAGAGAAGCUCUUGGAAGACAUGGAAAAACUAUCAGUGCAGGCUACAUGGAUGGCUUAUGAUAUGGUGGUGAUGCGUGCUAACCCAGAAUUGGCCAACUCUAUGAGACGACUGGAAGAUGCUUUUCUCACCUGUAAGGAAGAAAUGGAGAAAAACUGGCAAGAAAUGUUGAAGGAAACUAAGGGUGCUGAACAAAAGCAAGAAUGA